AUGGCUAUAAAGAAGACAACUAAAUUAAGAGCUAAAGCAACCAGAGCAAGCAAACCGAAAAUCGUCAACAAAGUUGUACAUCAAUAUGAAGAUAAUCCGUUUUUGAAAUUACUGACCAUAUCGAAGAAAGAGAAACAGUUAACCAAAGCUAAAGCAUUCAACGACAAGAUAGUCAAUACCAAUCUGACAGUAUCCAAAUCAGCACUCAGAAGAAGGAAGAGAAAAGCUAAACAAGCAUUAAAACCUAAAAUGGAGGAAUUAUUUGAAAGUUUACCUACGUUAGACGAUAAAGUUGAAGAAAAAGAAUUUGUUGAACAAACCACCAUUUCCAAUCAACCAAACGCAUUAAAAAGGUCAGGUCAAAGAAUCAUCCAGAAACAAGAACAUGAAAAUUUUAAUAAUAUCUUGAAAAAUCAACAAUUCAGAUCAUCACCAUUUGCAACUUUAAGACAAUCUAUUCAACAAAACAUGAAUCAACAGUGA